CUCUCGUCCGAAUAGGACGUAAACGAAAUUCAACGUGCGUAUAGGAAAUAUACUGCCGCGAUCAUCGCUGUGUGUCACACAGGAUAACGAUCCAGUCGGAAAUCCCCACCUGAAUCACACUAAGUGAUCGAGAAUUAUAUUCAUUCAACGUAUCGAUUUCGGUGGUAUUGGUGCUAUCUGGGAACGUGCGGAUAGACAGAACUGUACUGUAGUAGCUGAGCUUUGAGUGUGAUCUACUGCCUACUGUCGUAAGAUCAGGAAGCCUCAAUCUUCUUAAUGCAGCAUUAGGUGCUUCUACCUGGAGGAAAUCCUGUUUGAUAUCACCUUGAUCGAGAUGGCUGCAAAUUGUAAGGGGAACAGAAAUGCUUUGCAGACUGUGGUGGCCUUCACGUUGAUCGCGCUUGUCGCAGGCCAAGACCAGCAGGAAAAGCAACCGUCGACGGAUCCGAUCUUAGUGAAUUCAAAGAACAAUCUUUACGAGGGUUCGCAGAAAUUUGCCCUUAAUUUAUUCAAGCAUGUGGUUAAACGUGUCGAAGACCAUGGUGAAGUGAAGACGAAAAAUAUCAUAAUGUCCCCGCUGUCCGUAUGGACUCUGCUGGCAUUGCUAAGCGAGGGUGCCGAAGGUGAGACUCUGCACGAGAUUCUCAAUGUUAUGAAUGUUCAAAAUCAAAGUCUGAUUAGACAUAAAUUCAAAGAGAUGCAGCAAACGACCAAUGUCAACAGCAGUGGAUUGGAGAUAUUAUCCGCUCAGUUUAUGUUCACCAACAAAAAUCAACCGGUGAAACAGGAUUUCGAGCAUAGUAUACAUACUUUCUAUGGAGACCAGUUAUUUGAGGCCUUGGAUUUCAGCAGUUCUGGAGCGGCGAUAAAGAUGAGUUACGAUCAUAUAAACAAAGUCGUUUCCGAUGCCACCAAAGGUCAAAUUGCCAGAGCAGUUUACCCAACGGAUGUCAAAGAUGCAAGACUAUUACUGCUUUCGGUUCUGUUCUUCCAGGGUGAUUGGACGUUUCCAUUCAACCGAUCGCUAACGACUGAUGCUCCUUUCUACAACGAGAAUGAACAAAUCGUAGCGACGGUGCCGAUGAUGUUUCAAAAGGCCGUGUUUCCAUUUGCUGCCUUCCGGGAACUGCAAGCACAGAUCGUAGAACUUCCAUAUGGCAGCGAUCGUCAUUUGAGUAUGUUGGUAAUACUUCCUCGUAAAGGGGUAGCACUGCAAGAAAUUGUGGCACGAUUGGCAGAUUUCAGCAUGGAAGAAAUCUACCGCGAACUGAAGCAGGUUGCUGAAGAGUACGAAGACGAUGAAGUUGAAGUUUAUCUACCACAAUUCCAGAUCACUAACGAUCUCUACUUGGAUAGUCCAUUGUACGAUAUGGGUAUCCGUCUCGCUUUAAACAAGGGAGCCGCACAGUUCAACAAGAUCGCUGACGACAUCUUCGUCAACACGGUCAUCCAGAAAAGCAAAAUAGUGGUCAACGAAGAGGGAACGACCGCGGCAGCAUCGACGGCUGCCAUAUUUGUCAAUAAAGCAACACCGCCGCGGUUCAUUGCGAACCGACCCUUUGCCUUUCUGAUUGUGGACAAACGUACGAAUCAGAUUCUGUACAUGGGUCAGGUGAAGAACCCGAUGGACCGUUAAUAAGAAUAUUUUGCAUGGGGUCGAAGAAAUGGUGGGUAUCAAACAAA